UAAGACAUAUAUAUGGAUAAGAUGAAGUACAAGGAGUACCCCUAGCCCAAUUACAUCAAGUAGGGUGGAAGUAGAAUAAAUGGAGAUACAAGACACCACUCAUAUAAUGACAUGGAAGAGAUUUCUAGCUUAGCCUUGAUCCACAAUCAACUCCUGGCCUGGAUCAUGUCAAUCACCUCAUGAUCAGAAUUCAAAUAUGCAGAAUUCAGAGAAUGAAAGAUGAAAGAGAUGCAGAAGCCAUCUCUCACGAGUCAAACUGCCCCCUGUUUUAUUGUAAAACCAAAUAUCAAUACUACAAGCAGAACUAUAUACACGACAGCUUUUACUUACACAAGACAUGAUAAAAAAAAAAUUAAAGCUAGAACGACAGAAAAUAGACAGGAAAAACCAAGAAGUAAGCAUUGGCGGCCCAGAAAUUCUGCAAGCCUCAGAAAAAUCUAGCUCUCAAAAAUUGUCUCAGCACACCAAAAGCAAUGCAUGUCCAGUUAUCCAAUCUUAAUUUCCCCCAUCACCUCUUAGUGAUGCUGCUAUCCAUUUUCUUCCUCUUGAUUAUCCCCUAUGCUUCCUCUUUGUCCUUUAACUUCACUAGUUUCGAUCCUAAUGACAAGAGCAUAGUAUUUGAGGGAUCAGCAAACCCUGUAGCACCAACUAUCCAACUCACACGAAACCAAAUGGACAAGGGCAUGAUUGGAAGCAUUGGUCGAGCCACAUAUUACCAACCUAUGCAGCUGUGGGACAAAGCCACAGGGAAUCUCACAGAUUUCACAACCCAUUUUUCUUUUGUCAUAGAUUCACAGAACCGAAGUAAAUAUGGAGAUGGGAUUGCAUUCUUCCUUGCCCCUGCUGGUUCAAAGAUUCCUAAUGCCACAAAAGGAGCUUCUAUGGGUCUUACACUUGAUAACCAACAAUUGAACUCCACAGACAAUUCAUUUGUUGCUGUGGAGUUUGAUAUCUAUCAGAAUGGCUGGGAUCCACCCCAUGAACAUGUUGGAAUAGACAUCAACUCUAUGAGAUCUGCUUCUAAUGUAACAUGGUUGGCUGAUAUCAAGGAAGGGAAACUCAACGAGGCUUGGAUCAGUUACAACUCCAGUUCAUUGAAUUUGAGUGUUGUGUUCACAGGUUUUAACAAUGAUACCGAUCAUACCAUUCAGCAGCAACAUCUAUCUGCUAUAGUUGAUCUGAGACUUCAUUUACCAGAAUUGGUUUCUUUUGGCUUCUCAGCUGCCACGGGAAAUGCAACUGCUAUACAUAGUCUCUAUUCAUGGGAUUUUACCUCAACUUUGGCAGCACAAGAAAACAUAACAAAGGGAGCAGACCCAGUUGCAAGGUCUCCAACCUCCAAUAUAGCUCCCAGUCAGAAGAAAAAGAACAAGACAGGCUUGGCAGUGGGAUUGAGUAUUGGUGGAUUUGUUUGUGGGUUGGGUUUGAUUUCAAUUGUCUUGUGGAAGAAGUGGAAGAAAGGAACGGAAGAGGAAGAACAUGAUUUUGAAGAGUUUAUGGGUGAGGAUUUUGGAAGGGGGGUAGAGACCAGGAAGUAUUCAUAUGCUGAAUUAGCACAGGCAGCUAAUGGUUUCAAAGAUGAGCAAAAACUAGGUCAGGGAGGAUUUGGUGGUGUUUAUAGGGGUUAUCUUAAAGACAUAAAGUCUCAUGUUGCCAUUAAGAGGGUGUCAGAAGAUUCUGAUCAAGGGAUAAAGGAGUUUGCAUCAGAAAUAAGAACUAUUAACCGGUUAAGGCAUCGAAAUCUAGUGCACUUGAUUGGUUGGUGUCAUGAAAGGAAAAAGCUAUUGCUUGUGUAUGAGUACAUGCCAAAUGGAAGCUUAGAUACUCAUCUCUUCAAGAAGCAAAGUUUGUUGAAAUGGGCGGUGAGAUAUAACAUAGCUCGAGGAUUGGCCUCUGCAUUGCUAUACUUGCACGAGGAAUGGGAACAAUGUGUUGUGCAUAGAGACAUAAAGUCAAGCAACAUUAUGCUGGAUUCGGAGUUUAAUGCCAAACUUGGGGAUUUUGGUUUAGCAAGGUUUGUGGACCAUGCAAAAGGUGCACAAACUACAGCUUUAGCUGGCACUAUGGGCUACAUGGCUCCUGAAUGUGCUACCUUGGGCAGGGCUAGUAAGGAAUCAGAUGUCUACAGUUGUGGAGUUGUUGCUUUAGAGAUAGCUUGUGGAAGAAAACCCAUCAACCUUAAGGCACAAGAAAAUGAAAUAAAUAUUGUGCAGUGGGUGUGGGAACUCUUUGGAGGAGGGAGAAUUCUUGAUGCAGCAGAUCCAAGACUAGAAGGGGAUUUUGAGGAGGAGCAAAUCAAAUGCUUGAUGAUUGUUGGUCUUUGGUGUGCUCACCCUGACCAUAAUAAUAGGGCUUCAAUUAGGCAAGCAAUUCAAGUGCUUAACUUUGAAGCUCCCUUGCCCAAUCUUCCAUCAAGUUUGCCAGUUCCAACAUAUCUUGAUGGCCCCUUGCACUCAUCGAUAGCACCAUUCAGCAUAACUGCUUCAGUGGAAGGUCAUAGCCAGAUCAGAAGCUCCACUGCAAACACAAACUCCUCUGGGUUCACCACAACUUCUGAUGAUGCUUCUCCCUCUGUGUCGCUUCUGUACUCACGGUGGAUUGCUUUAAGGAACCUAGUGUUGGAGGAUCGAGAAACAAUGCUCUAAUAGAAUGUGACAUUGAGACAUAAGUUUCUGUUUUAAUUGCAUAAUGUUCCAAACAUGUCAUUUUACUUUAUUUUAUUAUAUUAUUUAACUUGAAUUCUGUUGUAAACUUGAACGACAUUGCUUUGAACCGAAAAUAUUUCUGAGAAGUUUUAUUUGAUAACAAUGAAGCGAAUGUGAAACUUCUACCCAC